UUUGAACGAGUAAAUGAUCGCUUGCACUUAUUGGAGUCCAGGAUGGACGGGCUCGUAGAGGAGAAGGCAGCGAGCCCAGGUGAGAUCAUCGCCUGUGCGAUUGGGAUUGGCGAUGGUUCCCCUGUGGAAUGCAAUGAACCUACCCCGGAGACACAGCCCAACAGCGAAAAAGACCAGGUUGCAGCAGGAGCACUUGGGUCAGUAGGUGUCGGGUCGGACCCAACUAGCAUCACCAGCUCACGGGUGAGCGUGCAUGACGAUCCAGACGACCAGGUGGGUAUGGUUCCCUUUGCAGAAAGUGCCUGGACCUACCCAGUGGUCAUCUGUUUAGUGAGAGCCGGCGUGGUGGAGGCUAUCUUCGCUGUACUGCUAUUGCUGGUUAAUCUCUUCAUGCAGGUGGCAUUCAUGAUCGUCAUCUUGACCCCCGAUUUCCUUCCGGAGGAUAUCGCAGAACAGAUUCACUUCGCGAAGCGAUGGCGCAGAAGCGUGGCCCAUGACCAGCAAAACCUGGACUUAGCAUCGACGAGUUUGGCCAGUCGAGUUUGCAAUGGCGACGGUGCGUUAAUCGUAUCAACUCGACAGGCAUCGCUCCUUGAAAACAUCGACAAAUACAUAGGUUUGGCAACCGAUGCCUUUGAGCCGGAGUUUUUCCAACCUGGAGUUCUGCUAGCUGUGGUAUGCGUCCUACUCUGGAGCUUGUGCGUUUACAAAGAGCUUCGAAGCAUCGUGCAUGCCUUUGAAGCUGUUCGCUUAAUCCCGCGCUCUGCCACGACAAUCUUGCAGGAUAACGUCUUGCAGAGCCUAAGUAUUUCACGCUUCAAAGUGCUCAAGGCAACGUAUGUCGUGCGAACUUUAAUUGCAAUCUCGCUCUUGAUGUCUGGAAUUCGAUGGCUGGCCCAAACAACAUCGAUCACUGAACUCAUGUUGAAUGCAGUUGCCUUGAAUGCCAUUCUGGAUGUGGACGAAUUUCUCUUUGCAGGCUUCACCCCGAUGACUAUACAUCUCGCCAUUCAAAAGUUGGAGCCGCUGCCAAUGAAGUACACGGCGCGGAAGCCGCAAGUGGAUGCCAUGCUGGCAGUGAAGCGGGAACUAUGUUAUGGCAAUCAAACAUUCGUGGUCGGCAUGGUGACAGAAGACACACCACUUGGGGGUCACACAGGGGCAGCUCUAUCGCUUGUCGAGCGUGCUGUAGAAAUCCACAAGUUCGCUGACCCGCAUGAGGAGCCCUACUACAUCGGUUUCGUGCCGAACCGAAAUACCUUCGACAUUGACAGAAGCCAAUCCAUAGCUGAUGAAACUGCAGAGUUCUCUUUCUGUCUGGAGCAAGUGUAUUUCACUGAAGGUGCACAGUGGUAUCAGGAUCCUGCAAUGGGUGCUCUGAUCAAUUUUCGCCUCCGAACUGCAGCAGCAGUACUGGGACGCUUUGAUCACAUCACCAACUGCCAGCAGGUGGCAGACCUUUGCAGCCAACAUGACGCAAGACUGCUGCGGCUGGUAUGUGGAGUGACCUGCAAGUGCUCAGAUCCCUUUUCCAGUCCAUGGUACAAGGUUCCGUACCAUGGUUGUGCAGACAGUUGCUUGGAGAUUGCACAGCAGAGGUUAGCAUCAGAGGAAUGCAAAGAUCGGCCUAUAGAUGACACUUGGAAUCAGAUGUGGGACGACUACUUACCGACCCUUGUGAACACGUACGGUCCCGCCGUCAGUCAAUCUUCCGCCAUUCCCCUUUUGGAAGCAUUGGUUUUAGCCAUGAAAACGGAUGGAUGUGUUGCCUUGACGCGUCCGGAGUUUCAGUACAUCGUUGGCUCUCAAGUUCGAUGGUGCGAGGGCAAUCCUGACCUUAUCCGUCCGCUCGCGUGGACGUGUCCCGAAAGUUGCUGGGUUAAAGCCCAUUGUUAUAACUUUACGCUAAACCCUGCUACGUCUAUAUGCCCCCUUUACCAGGAACCAUUGAUGAUAACUCGUUUUGAGCUGUUUUAA